CGCGUGAAGCAAUUUAAAGCUGAUGGCGCAUCAUCUCGGCUGGACCGACUAUUAAGAGCUUCACUUUCCUUCCGCCCUCCUCGCGGGCGCAUCACGGGGACAUGGCUUUUACGCGCAGCCCCCCGACGGCGUGAUGAUACAUUUUUAAUCCAAGAUUGAAUGAUUUUUUGGGGGGUGGGUGGCGGGUCGUUUUCGGAGAUUCAACCAGUUCGGACUUCGACUGCUAUUGUUUCUGUCUUUCAUUCGUGGGAAUGAUCGACGUUUGGUUAAUAUGAACUUAUUGCCGGGUGGAAUAUGUAUUUAUUUAUCUGCAGCGAUCUGCUGGCUGACGGCCGAGGUCGAUGCGUCCUGGUGGUACAUGGGCACGCUGGGCUCCCAGGUGAUGUGCGACAACAUCCCCGGCCUGGUGAACAAGCAGCGGCAGCUGUGCCGCCAGCACCCCAAGGUGAUGCAGGCCAUCGGGGCCGGGAUGAGGGACUGGAUCUCGGAGUGCCAGCACCAGUUCCGCAACCACCGCUGGAACUGCAACACCACGGCCAGGGAGCACAACCUGUUCGGACGCCUGCUGUUGCGCAGCAGCCGCGAGGUGGCCUUCAUGUACGCAAUCUCCUCGGCUGGCGUGGUGCACACGCUGGCGCGCGCCUGCAGCCGCGGCGAGCUGGACUCCUGCUCCUGCGACCCCAGGAAGACGGGCUCGUCCCGGGACGCCAGGGGCUCCUUCGAAUGGGGCGGCUGCAGCGACCACGUGGAGCACGCCGUGCGCUUCAGCCAGGGCUUCGUGGACGCCAAGGAGAGGAAGGGGAGGGACGCCCGGGCGCUCAUGAACCUGCACAACAACCGAGCCGGCAGGAAGGCGGUGAAGCGCUUCAUGACCUUGGAGUGUAAAUGUCACGGCGUCAGCGGCUCGUGCAGCGUCCGCACCUGCUGGCUCGCCAUGGCCGACUUCCGGCGCACCGGCGACCAGCUGCGCCGGCGGUACAACGGCGCCGCGCAGGUGUCCGUCAACCAGUACGGCACCGGCUUCACCGCCGCGCAUGCGCACUUCAAGCGGCCCAGCGGGAACGACCUGGUGUACCUGGAGGACUCGCCGGACUACUGCGUCUGGGACCCCGAGUCAGGGUCGAUGGGGACAGGGGGGCGCGUCUGUAACCGGACGUCCCGCGGCGUGGACGGCUGUGAGGUCAUGUGCUGCGGUCGAGGCUACGACACGUCGCGGGUCAGCCGGAGCACGAAGUGCGAGUGCAAGUUCCACUGGUGCUGCGCCGUGCGCUGCAGCGACUGUCAGCAGCAGGUGGACGUGCACACCUGUAAAGACCAGACGUGACCGGCCAAUCAAACUGGGGGAGAUCUGUGCGUGUUUUUUUACUGCUUGUGCUUACUGACCCUUCGCUAAGCCUCGGGCCUUCAGAGCUGUGGCAACCCCCCCAUACUAUAUAAUUUAAAAAAAUGGUAUGUCAGAAAGGAAGGUUAUUAAUACGUGUUUGAAGGAUGAAUUCAGUUAAUAAAAAAUGAAGAAAGAAGCUAAA